CCGUACCAUGGAAACGAGCACGUAGCAAAGCUAAGUGCUCGGUUCGUCUCACAUCUCUUCGCCUGCCCCGACGCACCUCUGCCCAUCUCCGCCGCCUCCACCCCCACCCCGCGACUGGACCACUUCAUCGCCUACGCCCUCCAUCGGACACGACUCCACACCGCCGUCACAUUCGCCUCCCUCUACCUCCUCCAGCGACUCAAGGCCCGCUUCCCCGCUGCCAAGGGCUCUUCGGGCCACCGACUAUUUAUUUCAGCGUUCAUGAUUGCAUCCAAGAUUAUCUGUGACGACACCUACUCCAACAAGUCCUGGUGCAUCGUGGGCCAGGGCAUGUUCGCCCUCCGCGAGAUCAACCAGAUGGAGCGCGAGAUGUGCAGCUAUCUUGAGUGGCAGCUCAACGUCGAGCCUUCGAUUCUACGCGAUUUCGAAGCGCAGGUGCGCCGCGACUUC